AAGUGUGACCGCCAAAGGCCUUGUGGGAAUUGCCAGACCCGUGGCCACUCAUCCACCUGCGCCUAUUCACCAAACACGCCGGUUCACCCGCCCAGGCCUCCUACGUCGGCCUCGUCCAGCCUUGUACAGAGAUUAAACAAACUCGAAAAUCUCUUGACAAGUCUCGUGCAACCAGAGGACCAGCAAGAGCCAGGCUCAACGUAUGAGAUCCGUCAAUCCCGAACAGAACCUAGCGCCCUAUCAGACUCUGGCAGCAUGUUAUUCGACUCGAAUGGCCCCAUCCACGUCCACGGUUCCCACUGGUCGGCCAUAUUGGAUGGCAUCGCUGAGCUGAGGAGCUGUCUCAACGAACAUAACAAUAUGCCUACAAUACAACAGCCUUCCAAGGGACCCUUGCUCUUUGCCGGUUGUCACGAGUCGAUAUCAAAACAGCAAAUCCUGGCGUCAAUGCCGGAGCGAAAUUUGGUAGAUAUCCUGGUUUUUCGAUACUUCAACAUGCACCUACCUGGUGAUCAUUCCUUAGAAGAGUAUUAUGAAACGUUCUGGGCAAACCCAUCUGCCGUCUCCCUCCCAUGGCUUGCCAUUCUCUACAGCAUCUUAUGCCUGAGGACGCUGUCUAGCUCAGGUGCACAAACAGCUGCCGCUCCUGAGCAUGAUGCCAUGCAGUGCCAAUCGCCGCAGCCAAAAUUCCUUCAACAGACUGUCCAGUGUCUUGUGCUUGGCGAUUACAGUCGAGGCGGCCCCGACGUCAUUGAAGCGCUCAUGCACUAUUUAGCCAUCGAGUUUGUCAGGCAACCUGAUGCCGAAGUGGGCAAAUGGAUGCUGUCGGGAAUAAUCAUUCGUCUGGCUCUUCGAAUGGGCUACCAUCGCGAACCAUCCCGGUUUCCCGGCAUCACGGCCUUCCAAUGCGAGAUACGAAGACGUGUCUGGUGCUUCUUGUACGUAAUCGAUACCAUUUCUUCCAUUCAGAUGGGGAUGCCACGAAUGAUAAAAGACGGCCAGUGGGAUACGGAGUCUCCUCGAAAUCUCUACGACGAUGACUUCGAUGAGGAUGUUGAAUCACUCCCACCGUCACGGCCUGAAACUGAGGUAGCCCCUAUGCUCUUUUUACAAAGCAGGCACAAGCUCGUCUCAAUCAUCGCCGCAGUUUGGGAUACAAACCUCUCAAUUGCCGACAAAGACGGCUCCUUCUACACAAAAAGCAACCAUUUAGGGGGGUUAUUGCAACAAACAUAUGAUAGUUUCUCUGCUGGCCUCAAAUUCGAUAAUCUGUCCGAUUGCCUCUCCAACACCGCGCACGACAUAGCUCAUCGUCUAAGUCUCGCGAUUCUAUUGCAAAAGGGAAGAUUACCGCUAUAUCGGCAACAUCUCAGUGAAUGGGAAAGCUCUACAUGUGCUAAGUCCGUCGAUGCGUGUCUCGAGGCCGCAAUGAAGUUGCUUGAGUACCACAGCAUUCUUUACGCGGAAACGCAACCAGAUGCCAGCCUGGUUCCGGUGAGGUGGAUUUUAUCGUCUGUCGUCGCGCACGAGUUUCUGAUGGCCACUACUGUCCUCUGUACUUACCUGUACCGCAAGGCAAGUUCCCUACCCGUUGGCAUCCAGGGCGAGGAUGACGAACGUUGCAUCGAAAUUGAGCUGGCUCUCUCGAAAGCGCGUGAGAUAUGGGUGACGCAGGUGGAUCGUUCGAGUGAAGCAAGGAAGGCGGUAGAUAUGCUGGAGAAGUUGUUUAAGAAGUUACACGGAGCUGAAGGUAUGGAUGAUAGGCAGGUGAUGAGUUUCCCGAUGAGCGACUUAAUCUCUUUAGAUUCCGAGCUUAUGUAUUAUUUUAAUUAG